GUGGAGCUUGGUGGCUUCACGAUGUCGGAGCUGCGGGUCAACGCCACGUUCGCGGCGCUUUACAGCCGGUACCGGCGGCGGGAGGAGCUGCAGCGGCUGCAGGACCGCUACGGGGACGCGGGCGAAGAGUCGAGCGAGGAGUCCAGCUCCGAGUCGGAGGAGGAGGCGGCGGCGAGGGACCUGGAGGCUGCUGAUGCCGCGUUCUAUCGCACGCUGGGCUGGCUGAAGACCAGGGACCCCCGCAUCUACCGGCAGGACGAUUUGGACUCCGACGAAGAUUCCUCUUCAGGCAGAGAGAAUGAGAAGCUGGGCUCUAAGAAGAAACAGAAGCCCAUGUAUCUGAAGGACUAUGAGAGGAAGGUCAUCUUGGAGAGGGCAGGCAAAUAUGAGGAUGAAGAUGGAGUAGCAGUUAAAAAGCAUAUGAGCUAUGUCGAAGAACAGAAACAGCUUAAGGAGAGUUUCCGGAAAUUUCUGACUGACAGCGAUGAAGAAGAACAAGGUGAAGAUGGCAGUUCCGCAGCCUUGCUGCACAAACGGAAUAAAAGCAAAGAGGAGAAAGAGCAUGAAAAGGCAGAUUACAUCAGGUGGCUGAAAGGUCAAAAGGAACCGCAGGCGGAGGAGGCCCUUCAGGAUCUGGCCCCGCUUAGAGAAUACUGGAAUGACCCUCAACUGGAUGAGAAGGAACGGUUUUUGCGAGAUUAUCUCCUGAAUGAGCGCUUCAAGGAAUCCGGUGAAGGAGAGGACAAAAGGCAGCUGACGGUGUCGGACUCCUCUGAUGAGGGCGAACUCUUCCUCAAGAAGCAAGAAGACUUUGAGCGCAAGUACAACUUCCGUUUCGAGGAGCCUCAGGCCCAUUUGCUGAAAUCCCAUCCCCGAGUUAUUACAACUUCAGUGCGCCAGAAAGAUGAGCGACGGAAGGAGAAGCGCUUGGAGAUCUCUGAGCGCAAGAGAAAAGCGAGGGAACACAAGCAGGAGGAGUUGAAACAGCUGAAGAACCUGAAGCGGCAGGAGAUCCUGCAGCGUCUGGAGAAGCUGCGUGAGAUCACAGGCAGUGAAGCCAACCCCUUCCAAGAGGGUCACCUUGAAACGGACUUUGACCCUGCCCAGCAUGACCAGUUCAUGCAGGAACUCUUUGGAGAUGAGUAUUAUGGGAUCAAUGAGGAAGAGAAGCCCCAGUUUGAGGCAGAGGAUGGAAGUGAUGAUGAGUGGAAUUGGGAUAAGUGGACAGGAAAGGAUGGCCCCGAGUCAGAAGCAGAUUUGUGGCCACAGCAGACGGAGGAGUACCAGCCGCACUGUGAGGAUCCUGACUUUGUGAUGGAUGCGGAUUACGACCCCGUUCAACAGCCCGGUCCUUCAAAAAAGAAACGGAAGCUGGAGCUUCCCCAGCUAGGCAAGAAGAAGCACCAGUCGUGGUUUGCAAAGGCCAUCCAGAAAAAGAAGAAACCCUUUGACCCUGAGACCGAGUCAUUUGAGAAAUAUCUGGAUGAGUUCUACCGCCUUGACUACGAGGAUCUAAUCGGGGACAUGCCUUGCCGCUUCAAGUACCGUCAGGUGGUUCCCUGCAGCUAUGGCCUGUCCACUGAGGAGAUCUUGGCAGCCGAUGACAAGGAGCUGAACCGCUGGUGUUCUCUGCGGAAGGCUUGCAUGUACAGGUCAGAGAAGGAAGAGCUGCAUGAUAAGAGAGUCUAUGAGCACAAAGGCCAAAGCUCCUGGAAGAAGCAACAGAUCUUCAAAUCUCUUUGGGCAGACUCUGGAGAGGCAGAAGAUGCAAAGGCCCCUUCAGGCAAGAAAGGAAAGAAGAGCCAGGACCAGACCAAGCGCCAGAAGCUGCCCUUUGAAGAGUUGGUCAGCCCGGAAGGCAAGAAGGGGGAGCUCCCACUUCCCAGCGAAGCUGCCAGAAUCCCUCUGGAUCUGGCUGAGGGCAAGGCCACCCCAGCAACUUCCUCAGUGGCCCCUGCUCCACCUGCUCCAGCUCCUGGUCAGAGACGAAGAGGCAGGAAGGGACUGCUGUUGGGCACGAAGGUGCGGGUUGGGGGCGCAGACUUCAGCAGCCACCGGCUCCAGGCCUACGGUCUCAAUCCCAAGCGCCUGCGCUAUCGCCAGCUGCUCCGGGAGAGACAGAAGAGAAGGCAGAAGGCGCACCCGGCGAGGCGAGGGAAAUAAAGUAAGGCAGGGAGGAUUAUUCUUUUGGCCCUUGCAGUGAGCAACAGCGCUUUGACACUCAGACGGAGGCAACCGAUGUUCCCCUGUCGAUGCUCUGGCCUGGUUGCUGUGCUGCAAGGAAGGCUCCGUCUCUCUGGAAGGGAUGUACGUGUCCUUGAUAAUCGGCUAAAUCCUUCUGAUCUUCUACCACCUCUGCGUUUUGGUUUGGUCGUUUGUUUUCUAACUCCUGUGCCUAAAGAAAAAGGGACCGGCUGCCACUGUCCUGGAAACAGAAUUAGCAGACCUGUCUAUAGGUGGGACCAAGUCCUUUGGGGAAAGCUGUGCUUUCAAGAAAGCCCUCAGAUUUAUUCAUGGAAGUAAAAGAGAGGAUCCUGGAGGACUCUGAAGACGGUCACAAGGACCGGUGUCACGAUCAACAGGGCUCCUCGUUCUUCCCUCCAGCGCCUUGUGGGCGUAAACCUGCCCCCUCUCCAUUUCCUAACUCCCCGGGAACGUCUCUCCUGCUUUUUCUAGCUUUGUAACCCGGAGGGGACUUGGGGUGACGAGUUCAGGAUACGAGAGCGGCUUUGGAGAAGUAAUCCUGCCGUCGGUGUCUUGGUAGAGAGAUGAAGCAGAUGUCUCCCCGCUGCGGGCUGCCUUUCAAGAAUUUGUAAGGUCAGAUGUGCCUCUCAGGCGCUGGUGACCUCCUGGAAUGCUUUUAGAGCACGUCUCUGGAAUGGGAUCUCGUUACGGAGUUAAAAAGAUGCAUCAUUCUCUUGAAGCUGAUACAGAAAUCUUAAGUGUAAAAAUUAACGUUGGAUUUCAUGUUCCAGAAAAGUAUCUCUCGCCGCCCCCCACCUCCCCAGUUUCUUGCCCUUAGCCAUGAAGGGUGACUUUUUCCCUAAACUGUCCGCCCAACAUAUUAUCACUUCUAUCCCAGAGUCAUUCUCCAUUUUUCUGGACUUCUUGUUCACCUACUAUUACGAGUCUGUUAAAAGUACAAAUUCUGCCCAGUAAAAUCCUACCUAAUUCUUGG